CUUUUCAGUAUACACACUGGAACCGAGCUGUGCGCAUCUCUGAAGUCACGAAGAAAAAAAAAGGAAAACAACUGCUUAGGGAGAAAGAGGAAAAAUUAUGGAGGACACAUCCCGAAAUGAUUUCAAAUAUUUGUUCAAAAUUUUAGUGAUCGGAGAUGUUGGCGUUGGGAAAACGUCUUUGAUUCGAAGAUUUACCAAGGGAUACUUCGCCGAGAACAUCUCUUCGACUGUUGGCGUUGAUGUGGACUCGAAGAUUCUGAACAUUCAUGGCGAUAAAGUGAAACUUCAGUGCUGGGACACUGCUGGACAAGAAAAACACCGCUCAAUAACACAGAGCUACUACCGAAACGCCGAUGCUGUCAUCAUGAUAUUUGACCUUACAAAUCGUGGCUCGUUCGCCAGCAUACCUCAGUGGUUGAUGGAUGUUCAGCGUUACACAACGAAGAACGCCGUCAAGGUACUGGUCGGUAACAAAACAGACUUGAAAGGCGCUAAAAGAAUGGUGAAUUCAAGAUCUGCGGCAAAUCUCGCAGAAUUCGAGGAUUUAUUGUACAUUGAAACGUCCGCUAAAUGGGACGACAACAUUGAGACUCUUUUCACUGAGUUAGCUGAGCAACUGAGAGAAAAUGCAAAGAGCAGGAAUCUGAACCGCCAAAACUGUACCACCAACUACAGCGUCGUCAAGAAGACCUUUAGCAUUGUAUCUUACAUAAAGAAACUUGGACAGAAACUGCCUAUUCAAACCACGGCGACUUUGUGUGGAAUUUAAAAUUUAAAAUUUGAACCUUAAAAAUAGUCAAAUUCUCAGAGACAAAGGAAAAAACCAAGGGGGUUUUUUUUCCUCUCUAAUCUGAACCCCUAAGGCUCUUAAUAAAUUAUGUAAAAUCAUUAUUUCAGUUCUGCGGAAAUCACUAAAAUCAUGUUGUUACUUAUGCGAAGAUAAUGUCAAAUAAGAAUUUCAGCUUGAAAUCAAGCUCAAUCAAAGUGCUUCAAAAAUUAAUUGAUUUAAUGUAAAUUGGUGCAGAGCACUCUGUGUAUAUGUAUAUUUUAUAAGAUGAUGAAAUUAUAUUUGUAACAUAAGCGGAGGAUGUAAUAUACAGAUAUGCAUAUAACAAAAUAAAAUUCUCUCAGUUAUUUCA